GUGAGAGCGCCCGGGGGCCGAGGCUCUCCGCCCGUCCAUCUGUCCAUCUGUCUGCCCGUUCGUCCGUCCAUCUGUCCGUCGAGGAGGGCGACAGGUACAGAGCAGAAGCAGAGCCACGGGCAGCGGGCGCCAGGGAACGGCGCGGGAGCGCUGCCCAGAACAGACCGCGGGCUGCUGGACACGGCCCCUCCCCGCACAGGGCGCCGGCCGAGCAGGGUAGCUCCCCCCAUCCACGUCCACGUCCACGUCCACGGCGGCAGCGGCAAGAUGGCCCAGGAAGUCAGCCUGGACGCCCUGCAGGAGCCGGAGCGGGAGGCCAUCCUCCGUGUGCUGCACCGGGACCGGGCGGUGCAGAGCGUGGAGGAGGAGCGGGUCCGGAAGCUGAGGGCGCACCUGCAGCAGCUGCGCUGGAGAGGCGGGCGGGGCCCGCGGCCCCCGGAGAAGGCCUGUGCCCGCUGCCGGAGCGCGCUGGGGCGGCUGCUGAACCGCGGCGCCGUGUGCCCGGGCUGCAGCCACUGCGUGUGCCCCGCCUGCCGCGUGUUCCUGGGCCGGCCCCGCCUCUGGAGGUGCACCGUGUGCUACGAGGGCAGAAACGUGAGGAUCAAAACCGGAGAGUGGUUCUUUGAGGAGCGGGCCAAAAAAUUUCCAACCGAAGGAAGGUGCGAGACCGCCGGCGCCAAGCUCUUGCAGUCUUACCAGAGGCUCAGCAGCAGCAUCUCCGUGGUCCCGCCCACGCCCCCGCCGCUCAGUGAGAGCUGGUGCAGCGGCAGCCCUGGCCGGCUGCAGGAACUCGGUCGCUGUAGAGGGUUUAAUAAGUCAGUGGAAAACUUGUUCCUGUCGGUUACCACCCACAUGAAAAAACUCUCUAAGUCCCAGAACGACAUGACCUCGGACAAGCAGCUCCUCAGCACGGACCCCAGGCCGGGCGCCAGCCGGACGGAGCGGCGGAGCCAGAGUGACACCGCCAUCAACGCCGCCCCCAGGAAGGUCAGCGCCCCCGACAUCCUGAUGCCUCUCAGCCAGGAGAGUCCCAAGCGCUCCACCAGCCCUGUUUCCAAGGAGGACGGCGUCUCAGCCCAGCCCGCGCCCCGCACUCCGUUCUCAGGAGGCUCGAGGCAGGGAAGUCUAAUCAGCAUUAACAGCACUUGCACGGAGAUUGGCAAUUUUGACAACGCUGCUGUCUCUGGAGAAAUAGAAUUUGCCCUCCGCUAUUGCUUCGAAACCCGUUCUUUGGAAAUAUGCAUCCAGGCCUGCAGGAACCUUGCCUACGGAGAGGAGAAGAGGAAGAAGUGCAACCCGUACGUGAAGACCUACCUGCUGCCCGACAGGUCGGCCCAGGGCAAACGCAAGACGGCCGUCCAGAGGAACACGGUGGACCCAACCUUCCAGGAGACCUUGAAGUACCAGGUGGAGCCCGCCCAGCUGGUGACGCGGCGGCUGCAGGUGUCGGUGUGGCACGCGGGCACGCUGGCCCGGAGGGUGUUCCUGGGAGAGGUGGUCGUCCCUCUGGCCACGUGGGACUUCGCAGACGGCAGCGCGCAGGGCCCCCGCUGGCACCCGCUGCGGGCCAGGUGACGCCGGACGGCCGCCCCGGAGCUUCUCCGAGGGCCGAGAAGGGAGAGGCCCGGCCCUCGGCCUGUGUCUGCGCGCCGGCUGUGGGCUUGGCCGGAGCUCCCGG